CUUACUUAUUUAGUGAAUGAUUUUUCAUUAAGUUGUACAAUUGAACUGGUUUGUUUCACUAGAAUUGAAUUACAAUUAAAAGUUUCUUUGUGAAAACAUUUUUUUUUUACCUGUAUUACACUGGCGACAAUUGUUUGUUUUAACUAAUUUAGAUCCUAGAUUAAGUCUUUUUUAAAGUGAAAUUUUCAAUUUAACCGCGUAUUUAUCGUAAAAUAAUCGAACUUCUAAAAAAUAUCGACCUCAAAACUUCGACCACGAUAUUAAAUCAAAAAAUAUAAACAAACAUUACGACUCGCGCGCAAUGGAUCUUCAAGUCAUGAUUUUACGAACUGCCACAGGAAAGCAGUUGUCCGAAUAUCAAUUAAAUUUGCUUAGUAAAAACAACAUAAAAUCCAUAUUGCAUUUUUAUGAGGCGGAUGAAAAAAAACUUCAUGAGUUGUUGGAUAUUAAUGUGGAAGCUGUGCGUGAACUUAAGAAGGAAUUGUCACUGUUAUCCAACGAUGAAGAUGAAGAAAACACUCCGUUUAUGGAAUAUGGCACCGGAAUAGAAGAGUUGGACAAACUGCUGGAUUCCGUGGAGCAGCCCUUUAAGCAGGCCAGAGUGUGGGAACUCAGUGGUCCGAUUGGUGUGGGCAAAACUCAGAUGAUGUACACCUUUGCGCUCAAUUUUGUGUGGAAGCAUCGCCUUAAAGUGCUUUUCAUUGACACGAAGGGAGACUUUUCCUGCAAAAGGAUACAAGACAUGCUCCGUGCUCGAAACACAGAUAUGGAAACCAGUGAGCGGGUCAUGAAAGCCAUACAGGUGGUGCAGGCCCAAACUGGUAGAGAUCUUAUCGACAUACUUAAGACCUUCGAUCAGAAACUCGCCACCAAAACCGCGGCCGCCAUACAAACCCAAUUUGUUGUAAUUGACUCCCUGGCUGCUUGCUUCGUCCAUUUCCGGGGCAAAAAUAUGCAAAUGCUCAUGCAAUCCUUGCUAGUUGAGCUGGCCUGCAACAUCCGGAAACUAGCUGGCCACGGAGUGACCUUUCUCAUUGGUAAUGUCUCCUUCUUUGGAAAAGAUGCCGAUAACUAUAAUGAUGACGGCGAGGACGAUGACAUCUAUGAGGAAAGGGAGACGCGACAACAGCUGGAGCCCACGUUGGGUGCCUACUGGCGUUCCGUGUGCACGUUGAGAUUGUCGCUGGAGCUACCAGAGGAUGAGGAAUCUUUAGGACAAGACGACGGCUUGCGAUUGUUGCACGUUAUUUCGAAUACCUAUGGCCCUGUGGGUGACCAUUGUUUGCUGCGCAUUACGGAUGUAGGCUUUGUUUAA